UUCAUUUCAAAAUCACCUCGGCACUGCAAUAAAAAGUUUAGUGAUCCAAUCUUUUACCAUUUUAAUUCCCCUAAAUAAUUUUUUAAUAAUGGUACCUGUACAUGAAAGUUAUAUAGUAUUUAAGCAGCUGAUAUUAUUUUCUUAGUGAGAUCAAAAUAACAAUUUGACAAGACUGGGAGUGCAGUGUAUUAUUGGCAAAUAGUCGUCACUUGCCCACCGUCGGUAGUAUGCAGAGCUGGUUCUUUGCCCAAGACCGAAAAAAACCGAAAACUAGAAUCCCUCCGAAACCGCUCGCUAAGCCACCACCGUCUCCACCGAAAAUGUAUUCCGAAGAGUGGAAAUUUAAUGUAUCCGUUCCAUAUGCUAAUGUUAACGCUCGAGAUAUCGUCGUUAUUACGGGGAAUAUACCUCAGCUCGGUGGUUGGGAUUAUUUGAAAGCAGUUCCACUUGAAAAGGAGCCAGGUAGAGAUAUGUGGUCUAAAACUAUAACAAUCCCAAACACAUGCGAGAUUUACUAUCGCUAUGCCGUGUGUACCUUCGAUGAUCAUAACAAAGAAGCAGUUAUUGUGCGAUCCUGGGAGACCAAUGUUCGUCCUAGAGUAAUCAAGGAAAACAUGCGUGAGCCAUCACUAGACGUCUAUGGGCACUAUGAUGGCAAGACUAGGAUCUGUAGGGGAUGGCUCACAUCUCAAACAUUAUUGCAAAUUAAAUUUGUCAAAAAUCCAUUAAAGCUUAAGACUCGUUUAGCGGGAAGACUGAUGAAUAUAAAAGUAACUCCAGUCAACUUGAGUUUUGGAACUGAAGGUCAGAUUGAAGAUUCACUAAGCACUGAUACUGCUGAGGUCCCCACCGGAGUUUCUGUAGAGGUGGCCACAUUGGAUAAUGAUGCUUCCCUUUGUCAGCUGCACCCACAAGAACAGUUUGGAAAGGAGUACAGACCUAAUGAUAUUCUUAUUGUUAAUGUAAUGGUCCAGAAGCCAGACAGUGUGGCUUAUCUAGUAGAUUUCUAUUGCUAUAGUACAAGAGCUUCCACUCAGGAACCGCCAUGUCAUGUUGGUUACACAUAUGUACUGCCCAACAUGUUCAAACCCUCGGAAGGAACUUUAGAAUUGCCAGUCACAUGCAGUAUCAAGCAUAGACCUCUUGGGACGGUGAACAUUCAGUAUUUGGUUAUAAAUCCCAUGUCAGAACCUGAACUUAACUCCUUCGAGGUUUCAUAUGCAAAGCAUUGGAAUCCUGCAUGGACCGGGUUGGAGGUAGGGCAUCGGGGGCUAGGAGCCAGCUUCAAAAAGAAGGAAGGAAAUUCUAUUCGUGAAAAUACCAUAGCUUCUCUAAAACAGGCAGCUGCAAGUGGUGCAGACAUGCUUGAGUUUGAUGUUCAGCUAAGUAAAGAUAUGAUACCAGUUAUAUAUCAUGAUUUUUAUGUAUGUAUUUCUAUGAAAAGAAAGAGGGAAAUUGACUUCACAGAAAUGCUAGAAUUGCCUGUGAAGGACUUGACUUUGGAACAACUUCAGAAACUUAAGGUAUACCACUUAGUUGAGGGACGAAGCCAUGAAACCCUGUUUUUUGAUGAAGAUUUAGAAGAACACCAGCCGUUUCCAACAUUAGAAUUGGCUUUAAACACUAUAGAUAGCCAUGUUGGAUUCAAUGUUGAGCUUAAAUGGACCAUGGAAUUAGAGGAUGGCACAUUUGAGCUUAACAACCCAUUUGAUAUGAACAUUUAUGUUGAUAAGGUACUUGAAAUUGUUCUGAAGAAUGCAGGAUCAAGAAAUAUCGUGUUUUCCUGUUUCAAUCCUGAUAUCUGCACAAUGGUCAGAAACAAGCAAAACAAAUAUCCUGUCAUGUUUUUAACUAUCGGUGUAACAAGUAGAUACAAGCCAUACCGAGACCCCAGGUGCCUAUCAAUUCCGGCUGCGGUACAAAAUGCCAUCAGUUCUGACAUUUUGGGCAUAGUUGUGCACACGGAAGACCUGCUCAGAGAUCCUACCCAGGUGAAGUUGGCGACGGACGCCGGACUGGUGAUAUUCUGUUGGGGCGACGACAAUAACGACAAAACCACCAUCAGGAAACUCAAAGAUCUAGGUCUUCACGCCGUCAUUUAUGAUAAACUUGACCAGUACAUCACUAAAGAUGUUAAGGAAAGCAUAUUCCUGAUGGAAGCGCGCGAAUCCCAGCGCGAUGUGAUUCGCCUGGCCGCGCUCGAGUCGCCCGCGCCUGCGCCCUCGGCCGCGUCCGCGAGCAGCGCCUCCGCGGAGGCCUCGCGCGACGCUCCGCGGCCCUACCUCGACCUGGCCGCUCAGUUCGCCGCAGCGCCCUCCACAGUAACCUCCCUAGAGUCCCUCGCGUCCACCGACGACGAGGAUAGAAACUUGAAGAGAAACAGGGACAUUAUUGCUUGCAUUGACAAGGAAUCCCAAGUAAAGGAGCAGCGCCACAACUUCCAAGGCCUGUUUCCCGCCGGCGACAAUAAUUCGGCUAGUAUCAAAAAGUCGCGAAAGAGUGACGCUGAAUGAAUUUAUCUAGCUAGAGCUUGCAGCAAAGUAUGUUUUUGAUUUUAUUUUUUUUGCUCAAUUUAUAGUUAGUUAUUUCAUUUCCAUUUAAGGGCAGUAAACGUGGAUCGCUUUGUAUAGAUUUUAAUACAAAAUGACCCGGUUUAAUUGCUCUUAAGUUAGUUUUAUUACAUCUGUACAGGUAUUAAUUUUAAAUUGUUUCCAGUAACGUAACAUAUUUUUGUAUUUUAUUUCAUAAAUCGUAUUAAUUUCUGGGUAAUGUAAUAAUUAUGCUAUCAUUUCAUGUUAAGUCAACUAUCAAUCUGAAACAGUACAAUAUUCGAUAUCAUAGCAUAGUCAUUAGACACAUAAUAGUUACCAUUUUCUUAAUCUUAACUCAUGAACGACAUUCCCAAAAUAUAGCACCAGUCAGCUACUCUUGUGAUGUCUUUUACAUAUUUAGUCCUAACAGUUCUUAAAUAUUUGGUAUCAGUGUUAGCUAAGCCUAAAACUCGGUCAAUAAAUUAAUCUUUAAUAAUAAUAACUGGCCUUCAAUUCUACAAACCUCUCUACUUUCUGUAUAAGAUAUGCAUAUUAUUAGCAUUUUUAAAAUAGGUAAUAUAAAAAUGUAAACAUGAUAUAUUACUUGCCCUAGUUGCUAAGAGCAGGAAGAAAUAUAGUAUAGAUUGGACCUGGUGAUCUGACCCUUGCGCCUCCCUUUUUGGGGGGUAGGCACGAUACGAUCUCGAGCUACCUGGCCAAAUCAGCUUUGUUUGACCUUAGGAACAAUCGUGCCAAGCUGCAUCGCCUGAGACAAAAGUGCAUACUCACUGCACUUAAUUACACUACGAAUACAAUUUCAAAAAAUUAUAAAUUUUGAAAGGUAUUAUUUCGGAAACUACUAGAUGUACAGAGACAAUUCUAGUCUCGUAUUGUAGCAAAUUUAGUCCACUUUAAAAACGUCCUGAGAAGGCACUAUCAAAAACUAGUCUUUUAGGGUUAUAAAUGUUAUAAUCGCCCAAAUCUAAAAGAAAACCGAAAUUUUCGAUAUUUGACAAAGUUGCGUUCGGCGCUCGAAGUCACAAUCUUGUAUUAUUCAUUGGGCCAACAUCAUAAACACGUCUGCAAAAAAUCAAAACUACCGGAUUUAACGCAAACGCGAAAUGUAUAAAAUUAUUGUAUUAUUAAUAGCCUUCUACCUCGAGGCCCUUAUUACUAAAAGGAAAAAAAAUAUAUAAAUAGGGAAACAAAGUUCGAAGUUCAAAAACAUAACAAAAGCUUUUAGGAAUCAGGACCUUAAAUGAAGUAAUUAAUUGACUAGCUGACUGUUUCUAAAUCUAUUUAAUUCUUGCUUCGUUUCUGUUUGCCGGGUGGUAUUCCACCUGUCCAAUGUCAUUGCGUCUCACUCUCUCAUUAAGCAAAAUGUGAGACGCAAUACACAUCGGACCAAGAAAUUGGAUAGGUGGAAUCUGUAUUCCACAGGGUGGUCCCUGAGAAAGUUUUAUAGAACAACAUUGAAUUUUAUAGAAGAACAUUUUCCUAAUUGUUUUUUUGUCUGUGAUAAGUAAGUAGUGGUCAAGUUCUUAAAUAUGUACCUAUAGAUAGUAAAAUUAAUAAUUUUAAUUAUAAGUAUUAGGUACGACUAAAUUCUAUAUUUUUCACUAUAAUUUUUAAAAUUUUAUUAAAGUGUAUUUUAACGUAA